AACAAAGGAGUCGAUGAUCAAGUUGAAGAUUGUCGAUUUCAUCAAUACUUUUAGGCUUCCUGUAAAAUUUAAAGUCUUUUUUAAUCUCUUUUCUUUUCACGACAGAAACAAGAUAAUUACAGCUUUGAAAUAAAAAAUUUAGGUAUCAAUGGAAAGAAGUAGCCAUUGUUUUUGACAAAAAAAAUAAUUUGUAAUCUUCAUGAAAAUAUAUAUUAAGCAACAAAACCAUAAGGUGGACUCAAAAAAAGCAACACAUUGAGAGGGCUACCAAGUUUUUGAUGACAACCCUAAAGACUUCCAAUUGUAAGUUUUUGUCAUUUCUUUUUGAGAAAAUGUGCUCAAAUAUACCUUAAAAGUGACUUAAUUAUUGAGAUAACACCCGUGGAGGGGGGUCUUACUCAAAUAAUACUUAAAAGUUGGCAAAAGUCUUUUAAGCCUCUCUAACUAUUUUAUUUACAUGUUUGCCAUUUAGAAUUAAAAAAAGAACCGUUAAUCGAGAUUAACUAAGAAGAGUGAGAAAGUGGAAAAGAGUGUUUGUGUUUGGUUUUUGUGUCGGGAACAACGGUCGGGCCUGAGGGAGAAAUUCUGGUAAGAUAUCCGGUUGUGUUUCAAUUAAUGAGUUUGAGUUGUUCUGCUAUUAUGUUAGCAAAAGUAUCAAACUGCUAUGAUUUUAUAGUAGAAAUCGUUAAUUUUUUACAGACGGAUCUGUGUACAAUUGGCGACGGCGAGGUUACGGCGAAGAUACGGCGUCGAUUAACGGCGGCGAAUGUGGUAAGAAUUUCUUAGUUAGCUGUUGAGGGAUUUGAGAUAGUUAGCUGUUGGAAUAAUUUUUGAGGGAUUUGGAUUUGAAAUAGUUAGCUGUUGGAAUAAUUUUAAACCUAAUCGUUCUGUUUUGUGAUUUAUGUUCCGAUGGGAUAAAGACGUGGAUUGAUUAAUUGAUCAAGCGAGUGAAGAAAUGGGAGAAGAAGGUAACAAAUUAUGUAUUUGAAUUUGGCGGGGUUGAUAAUCUAAUGAUAGAAAUAUGGGAUAGAGUUUCUUUGUAAGUAUAUGUAGUAAAGUUACAAAAGAGAGACAUAAUGAAGUUGUACUUUGUGCAGUAAUUGCGAAGAAGAGCUACCCCAAAAGACUUUAUGCUGUAGGGAAAGCACCGAUGAAGGGAAGGAGCAUGCAUAUUAACUGCACCUUGGAUAGUUUAGCAAGAUUGAAAGAGAAGAUUGGGGAAGAUGCUUACUCUCAGAUACGUGAUCAGUCUAAAGUGGGAGUAUUGUUGAAGCUUGCUGACAGUUCUUUUGUAUGGUGGGCAAAGCUUGUGCAUCACCUGUUAACUCAUCAUUGACAAUUAGUAGGCCAUAUGAGAUUUGGUGUCUCAUUGAAGGUAGUCCAAUUAGGUUUUCGCUUCAUGAAUAUGAAGACAUAACUGUUUUGAAUUGUGCGGAAAUUGAUGUAGAGGACAUAGUGGCGGUUGACCACAGAGAGUUUUGGGGAGAUUUAAAGGUGGCUGCAGAGAAGGGGCCAAACUGGAAUGAGUUGGAGUCAGCAUUAAAAAGUUGUAGGAGUUGGAGUUUACAAAAGAGGAAGAUGCUUGGUCUGUUAUUCGUGGUGCAUGUAGGUAUAUUGGGGAUAUCUAGGUCAAGUAGGAUACCUUUGGACUAUGCCAAGAGAGUGCUUGACACAGAGGCAUUUGAGAGAUUUCCAUGGGGUCGAGUUGGAUUUAAGGAGCUUAUUACUUCAAUAAAAGUUUUGAGUUAUGAUAGAACUUCAUAUGCUAUCCAUGGCUGUCCGCAUGUCCUGAAUAUAUGGGCAUUUGACAGUAUUCCACAUCUUGCGAAAUCACAUGGGAACAAAGUACCGGAUGAUGGUGAUGGCGAUGAAGAUGAAGAUGAACCAGAACCAGUGCCUCUCUUGCAAUGGAAUGGUGGUCGUCCAAGAAUCUGUUUAAAAACUUUCUUUGAGAUAGAGAAACUGAGAAAGAAGAAGAUCAAGGUGCAGCAUUUAGUGGUGAGGCCUGUGGAAGAGAUUUAUCCUGUUUGGCCUGGAGAGAAUGCUGUGUAUGGGGAAGGUGUAGGUGCUAAUAAGCUGGUGGAUAAUCUCCUGCAUGAUAUUAUUAAUGGUGGUUUAAAAGAAAGUGGAUUUGGUGACCCGGAGAUUGGGAAGAAAACUAGAAAGAGGAAGAAGGAAGUGGACAGUGAGGAUGAUUUUGUUGACCCACCUAAGAAGAGAAAAGCAGAGACAGAGAAACGCAUAAAGAAGAAAGCUAAUAGUGGGAAGCAAUUAAGAGAUGUGAGUGAUGAUAGUGGGGAAGAGGUUAUGGAGGAACAAGGAAUGAAGAGACUUUUUAAGAUGAUAGGCAGUUUGUCUGAAGAAAUGAAAACAUUGAACACCAAUUUCAUGGCUGGGCUUGAGAAAGUAGACCUAAAAUGCGAAGGGCUGAAGAAGAGUGUGACAGAUCUGCAGGAUGAUGUGGAGAAGCUGAGGAACAAGGCAGAAGAGAAGAAUGAUGAGAUCGAAGAAGAUUCUGCAAAUGGUUCAGAAGAAGGGACAGGAACCAACGAUGAGGUAUGAUGUGUACAUCCUCUAUUUAAUUAGGAAGCAUAUGAGGUAAAUAUACUCUCAAAAUUUUCACAAAGAGCCUGUUUUAUGUA